UGCAGGCUGUCGUAUGGAAAGCGCUGGCACGUUGUAAUAUAUUUGCCCGUAGUUUUCAAAUGAAGUGUGGGCGGAUUUGUUGGGCACUGGGAUUUUAGUACGCGUGUUCAGGAUUUGGCAUUUCCGUGUUUGCAGCUUCUAGUAAACAACUUGUGCUGAAUACGAAUUUCGCUUGAUGUUUUGCCUAGCUGCAGUAAUUUGAGCGUGACAGUUUUUCUGUUUAUUUGAUUUUUUUUCUAAAAAUCACGGUCUUUUGAUUAAAUUAUAAGUAUUGUUAAUCGAAUUUCGCUUAAGUCAAGGAGGAAGCAAAAACAAUGACCAACUCUUUUCGUUCGAGCGAAGAAAAGAUGGCCUCCCUAACUCCGCGAGAGGCUAACUCCGACUUCGAUUUCGAUGAAUUCUUUGAAAGGUACGGUCCGCUUGACAACGUGGACGCCUUCAUUGACUCUCAGUUUGCAUACGCUCUAGGAGGCGAAGAAGACGGCGGAGCUCAGGUGUUUGGGAGCAAAAUGGAGGUUCAAAACAUGGAAUCUGGCAACGUGGCCACGUUGCAGAGCUUCGCGUUUGGAACCGAAACGCAAUUAAACUUGGACAGUACAAUUUCAUUAUCUUCGCCUCAAGAACAUUUGGAAAGUCAUUCGGUGUGUCCUUACUGUCGACGAAGUUUAGAAACAGAGGAUCCUGAGGUCAUUUGUGGCGCAGCACGUCCAGUCGGCGAUAUAAACAAGAUCGAUGAGGGCGCCAAAGCAGAUGAGAUGAUGAACCGACGUGCGAUUCAUGAUGGGGUUGAAGGAACAGGAGACCCAAUUGACCCAAGGAAAUCUGUGGUAACAGAAUUAAAGCUGGCAGAAAUAAGCGAAGAUGUAGGAACUUGUUGGCGUCAGUUAGGACCUAAACUUGAUAUUGCAGCAGCUAAGAUUCAAAAUCUGGAUGAGGAGUACAAAUUUAAUCGAGACAAAGCCAAUGCCCUUCUUCUUAUUUGGGAACAGAAAGAAGGAAAAGGUGCAAUGGCUGGAAUUCUUGCAGAUGCUUUGGAGAGUAUUGGAAGAAAAAGCAUUGCAGAAAAACUGCUUGGAGGGAGUGAAGUAAACACUUGUGUAUCAGUUGUCGAGGGUCAUUCCAUCAGUUUAACAGUCAGAUUUGAUUUUGAUGCUGAACUGGACAAUAAGCUUAUGCUGUGUGAAGAUGUGCAAGGCAACAAAUUCAUGCUGAAAGCUCUCACCAGCAGUGACAAAUUUUGGGAUACAGAAGAGAUUCUUAGAAAUAAAAGGUUUUUGGAGAAUGUUGCUGUAGCUGCACAGGAAAUGGCAAAAACAACAGAGCAAAGAAGGCAAGAGAGUUUAAAACGUAUUUCGUCAGAAGUUCAAGAACUGAGGCAGAAACUGAAGAAAGUAAAACUUGAUUGUGGGGAUGGUGAUCCAAAUGAUGGCUGUAAUUACUGCUCUGUAGAUGUAGCCCAGCCUGUAUGUGAUUCAUUUGAGGAUUCAGCUCAGGAGAAGUGUCAUUUGCAAGAUGAAAGUGUGGAGCAGAUGAUACAGUCAUGUGUAGAGCAGCGCAAUCUUUGUCAAGGCAUCUUUGAUGCUCUGAUUAAGUUAGUUAGUGAGGUUGGACAGCCCAGGGAGGACAGUGCUAAGUGUAUUGGACAGCUUUGUGAUUUUACCAAAGAGCUAAGGGAUCAGGAGAAGACACUUUUCUCCAAAAUUGAGUUUGUUCAUAACCAGCAUCUAGAUAAAAAUCAAGUCAUUCGAAUAGAACAAUUACAAAAAUGGAAGAGAGCACAGAAGGAACAAGUGGAAGGAGUUGAAAAGCUGUUGUCAAAUGUGCUCCAACAAGGAAGUAUGGACAGAAGACAAUCCUCUGGGAAAAUGGAACGUCAGAAGCUUCUGAACCGCAGAUCAGAACCAAUUAUGUCCACCAAAACACCUCCUGGAUAUGGAAGAAGGAGAGCAAAAACUGACUCAUCAAAGCAUUCAGGCAAAUCACAAAGUACAAAUGAACUCACAGAGGUUACCAAGAAAAGUAACAUCUCUUCCCCUCGGUGUGUAAGGCGCAUGUGUCUCAUGGACACAGACAAGAAAUCCAAGAAGGAAAAGAAAGAAAAUUCUCGAGUGAUUAUCUAAGGGAACUGAAAACUUUGGAGUUUGAGCUCAGAGGUUUCACCUAAAGACAAUCACUGAACCUAGAGGAAUGUAAGAUUUGCUUAUAAAAGCUACUUGAUACAUAAAAGUUGUGGUCUUUUUGUCACCACAUACAGUCUUAAUAAUUUUACAGUUAAGUCUUUCAGCUGUGAAAUACUUAGUUUGCAUGGAAGAAAGCUAGAAUAUUUUCAUUGAUAAAUACUUUUAUUUCUGCUGAUGUUUAUAAUGAUACAUGAGAAGAUGUUCAUGUAUAUUAACAAUAUUUUUGUUGCUCAGUUUAUUUUCAAAAAGAUGCUUUUUGCAUGUAAAAUUAAGAGAUUUCAGCUCAGUUGUAAGUUAUACAUAUACAUUAAAGGGAAAUGCAUGUGCAAACUUUUGUAUUGCAUUAUAUUCGUAGCCUUUUUGAAAUAUCGUUCAGUUAUGGUGUGUCUUGUAUUGGUUAUAUGUAUGUCAAUUCAUUUAUACGCUUGCAAUGAAAUAACUGUUGAUAGCUUUAAACAUUGUUGUAGAUAAAGGACAACAUGGAAUGAUUAUUUUUAUAGUUGUACACUGUAUGUAGCUGUAGAUAGCUCAGAGUGAUGAUUUUUGUAGGAUAUUGGAAUUCUUAGUUUGAAGAAUUGGCGCUGGAUCCACUAUAUACAGGAAUCCUGUUUGUUCAUUUCCUUUUUGCUCCUUUUUAAUGACUUGUGAUUUUCACAUGUUUGUUAGUCAAAAGUGUUGCUUUUAUAGGUCAAUCCUUUUGUCAGCUCCAAAAAAUGGACAACAUUGUUGCUGGAUUGGCUAUGGAGCUGUCAAAUGUUUCAUAAGAUUAAGAAUGGACAAUUAUUUCAUGAUUAUAAGCUGUUCAUCCUAAGAUCCUGUAUAUAAUUUUUGGAGUGUAAUAUUUUAGUCAGGAUCCAAAGGUUUUUUUUAUAAGUAUUGUUGAUUAGGUUGUAUAGAAUGAUUUUUUUUCUUACUUGUAAAAUAGUUGUUAGAGUGUGAAAAUGCAUUGUUUUUUUCCCAAAUGUGUAUGGCUUUUGGGACAUACCAGUAUGUGUAUUUUGUUUAAAUUAGUUAUUAGGACAUGGAAACAUUUUGUUCCAUAGAUGUUGAGUAUUUUAAGUUUAAGCAGCAGUUUGUCUUGGAUUGUAGUUACUAAAUAUAUGAAAAAGGUUUGUUUCCAAAACUAGUUGGAAAAAAGAUUUCCAUAUGAGUUUUCAUUGCAGACAUAAAAUGUAAAACAAAAUAUUUGGUUAAAACAAUUUGAGACAUACUGCUGUGAUUAAUGUUUUGACAAGGGUAUACAAUUAUAUGUAAUUUGAAAGAUGAACUGGACAAAAUGUUUCCAAACUCAAAACUGUGCUGUCAUUCACAAAGUUUUGCAUAAGGGGGUAUCUGGUUAUACCUAUAUGCACCUUAGAACUGCAGGCCAGUGAGGAUGACAUUCUUAUGAAGUAGAACACCCAGCUGGCUAGGUGUUACUGCAAGACUGUAUCAUCAACAUGUACAGUUCCAUUUGGUAACAUAAGAUUUACAGCUUCUAUCUUUAUUCCCUCUCCUAGCAUUCAUACAUUUUGAAAGCCAGAAUUUCAUCAUUCUCCUACUCUGCCAAAGGAAACCCUGAAAUUGGGUCAGACAUCUUAUUUAUUUAGAGUGGCAAAUAACAGUAUGGGCAAUUUUUUUGUCCCUGGUUAAGACAAAAUGGUACGUAAUAUAAAAGUUCAAAUGUACUAUAGGUAGAUAUGGAGCUAUCCACUUUAGUUUUGGGGAGGAAAUGUAGACAAGAAACGUGUCUAAUUUUAUCUAUAACUAAUACUCUUGCAUGUUAAAGGGGAGAUUUUUUACUUUAGAUACCAAUGCAAUUUUGGUGUGGUUUUGUCUGCAUAGGCUGGUCUAUCAUAAUUGUUUUAAGCCUCUGAGGCUGACUGUUUCAUGCAAGUUUUGAGCAGCUGAGCCGUUGAAUGAAUAUUAUUUUCACUGGGCUCCUGAAACCUGUCAGUAAUACAUACUAAACACUUCUGUGACUCGUUCUAACGCACGUUAAUUUUCUUUUUAAACUUAGAGGGGUAGUUUGAACUGUAGUGUGGGUCUUUUUCCGGUAUGUCAAUCAAGAUUUCAAUUAAUUUCUAUGAUGUACUAUCUAAUCAAUUGAAAUAAAGAAGAAUUUUACAUAA